CGAACCGUCGCAUGAUUCCAACUCUUGUCCAAAAAAAUCUUUUCAUCGACUGCGAGGGAGAAACUUCCCAGUUUGGACUAUGCAUUUAUCGCAACAAAUCUAUUUUUUCGGAAAUCUUGACACAGAGGAUCUUUGGCCCAACGGUCACCACUUUCUUUUGCCGGAAAAUAAUCUGACCGAAUCUCCCGGCAAAUUUCCGAUGCAUCAAGGUUUUGACUUUCAGAUCGGAAUUAUCGGUGAAGUCAGAAUAAUUAAAGAAUAUUCGGCGUGUGCAGUUGCUAUAAAGGGAUGGGUUCUUCGUCUCUGUGUGUAUUAGAAUCCAUGGCGGUCGGACAGAACAGGAUCAGAGUCCUAUAUGGCGUCGUUUUGUUUGUGGCCACUCUAUCGCUGCCACGUGUCACUGAGUCAUCGGCCCGAUGCAAGGCGUGGCUUGUUCAGUCUAUCCCGACCGACACGCCGGAGCUCCGUCGUGUCUCCGGCGUCCUCUCCACCGGGGAAGUGUUUCAGUGGUUGGCAAACAACUCAACACAAUCUCUCGACAUAAUAGCACAGUACUGGCAACUUCAAGCAAAUCCAAAGGAUCCUCGAUCCGGCGAUUUCGGAUAUUCAGAUUCAGAUCUGAAAAGAUUCGGAGCUCAUGAGGGUUCUCUAGUCUACGACUCCAUUGAUAAAGCUGCAAACCGCAACGUUAGUAUCAGGCAUAGCUCUGUUAUCGGAAACGCACUUGCUUCUUAUAUAUCAGCGUAUAAAAAGCUCCAUAUCUUGAGGAAAACAUGGCUACUGUCUCAUUCAGGAGUGUACCCAGAUUAUACAAAAGAACCAUCUGAUCUCGCUUCUGGGAGAUCGAACGUGAAGAACGUGACUCUCCUGCUAAGCAAAUGGUGGGGAUCGGGAAUUGUUCAUGCCAAAGUCUGGAUUUCAGACCGUCGUGAUGUGUACAUCGGAUCUGCUAACAAUGACUGGAAAUCUCUAACUCAGGUGAAGGAAGUUGGAGUUUACUUCAAUGGGUGUCCAGAUAUUGCGAAAAGGGUCGAACUCUACUUCGAUAAUCUAUGGAGAUUGGCUUUUCUUGAUUCCUCUGUUUUCACAAGAACUGUAUCAGAUCAGCAAUGGCUUAUCAACAGAAUUGUCCCUUGUUGGUCCCGUUUUCUUCCUACCGAAACAAGGUGCAGGUCGCCUCUUCCACGAUACAUAAAGACGCCUCAUGUAGUGGGAUACCCUUCAUUAUCUGAUCCCGAAAUGUUUGAUAUCGAUAUCGAUGCUCAUGGAAGAAAGAAUUGCUUCUCGGAACCUCAGCCGAGCUAUCUAUCUUUUGCACCACCAGAGCUGUUGUUCGGGAAGCAUCAAUCCGAUGAGCAAGGAUGGAUCGAUACAAUCGCAUCUGCGGGAGAAGGAGGAACGGUGAGGAUAUCUACAAUGGAUUUGCUCGGUCAGUCUCAAUACACGAAGCCAACUGUUUUCUGGUCAUCCUUAUCCUCCGCAAUCUCCAAGGUUGUCUUCUCCAAGAAUGCCAAAGUGAAGAUACUAGUCGCAUACUGGGCGCAUUUCAUCGAAACAACAGAUUUAUACCUGCGGUCGCUUCUAUAUUCCAACGUUCUUUGCUCGUCCUCGGACCACAACAACUGUUCGGGACAAGUGGAGAUCAAGUACUAUGUGGUUCCAGGUUAUAACCAGACAGGUCCGGCGAUUAGGAACGGGACAAGGACCGAGAAUAUAUAUCCGGAUUUCACGAGGGUUAACCACGGGAAAUACGCAGUUAGCGAUGUGAGAGCUCACAUAGGAACCAGUAAUUUAGUUUGGGAUUACUUCUAUGGGACCAGUGGUGUGAGUUUUGGAACUUACAACACAGAGAUUGUUCAGAAGCUUCAGGAGAUAUUUGAUGCAGACUGGGAAUCUCCUAAUGCAGUUCCUGUUCUACAAUUUAAAGCUUUCAAGAAAUAUAUAAAAUGAUGUAUUCAUAAAUGGAUACCG